GCAGAGGCGGAGGGGAGGGCCGAGGGUUGGUGGAGGAGGAGGAAGCUCCGGACGACGACUAGAAGAAGGAGGCGGGCAGCCCGGGCCUCAGGCCCCUCCCAGGCUCUGAGUCUCCCCGGCUGCAGGCGGAUGGAUGGGGCUUCUUCAGGCGGUGGCGGCAGCAGCGAGGGCGGCGGCGGCAGAGGCGGCAGCGGCUAUGGUGUGGUGGCUCGAUUCUCCCAGUGCCUGGCUGAGUUUCGGACGUGGUUAAGAACCAACUGGUUGAGGUUCAAUGCAGACAAGACGGAUGUGAUGCUGCCAUCUGUUGAGUCUUCAAGUCCAGGAGGUUCAGCAACAUCAGAUGACCAUGAAUUUGAUCCGUCAGCUGACAUGCUGGUUCAUGAUUUUGAUGAUGAACGAACAUUAGAAGAAGAAGAAAUGAUGGAAGGAGAAACAAACUUCCGUUCUGAAAUAGAGGAUCUUGCAAGGGAAGGUGACAUGCCAAUUCAUGAACUUCUCAGCCUUUAUGGUUAUGAUAGUACAGUUCGAUUACCUGGAGAUGAAGAAGAAGAGGAAGAGGAGGAAGAAGUUGAGGAUGAUGAAGAUGCCGAUAAUGAUGACAACAGUGGCUGUAGUGGGGAAAAUAAAGAAGAGAAUAUAAAAGAUUCAUCAGGUCAAGAGGAUGAAACUCAGUCUUCCAAUGAAGAUCCAUCACAGUCUGUUGCUUCUCAUGAUGCCCAGGAAAUAAUCCGCCCGCGUCAGUGUAAAUAUUUUGAUACAAAUAGUGAAAUAGAAGAAGAAUCUGAAGAAGAUGAAGAUUACAUUCCAUCAGAAGACUGGAAAAAGGAGAUUAUGGUUGGCUCCGUUUUCCAAGCAGAGAUUCCAGUUGGUGUUUGUAGAUAUAAAGAAAAUGAAAAAGUGUAUGAAAACGAUGAUCAGCUUCUGUGGGACCCUGAAUAUUUACCAGAAGAUAAAGUGAUUGCAUUUCUUAAGGAUGCAUCUAGAAGAACAGGUGAUGAGAAAGGUGUAGAAGCAAUUCCUGAAGGCUCUCAUAUAAAAGACAAUGAACAGGCUUUAUAUGAAUUAGUUAAAUGCAGUUUUGAUACCGAAGAAGCAUUAAGGAGAUUAAGAUUUAAUGUAAAAGCUGCUAGAGAGGAAUUAUCUGUUUGGACAGAAGAAGAGUGUAGAAAUUUUGAACAAGGAUUAAAGGCCUAUGGAAAGGAUUUUCAUUUGAUUCAGGCUAAUAAAGUCCGAACAAGAUCAGUUGGUGAAUGUGUAGCAUUUUAUUACAUGUGGAAAAAAUCUGAACGCUAUGAUUUCUUUGCUCAGCAAACACGAUUUGGAAAAAAGAAGUAUAAUCUUCAUCCUGGUGUGACGGAUUACAUGGAUCGUCUUCUAGAUGAAAGUGAAAGUGCUGCUUCUAGUCGAGCACCAUCCCCUCCUCCAACUGCCUCAAAUAGUAGUAACAGCCAAUCUGAGAAAGAAGAUGUCACUAUAAGCAAUAGUAAUCAAAAUGGGGUGUCAUCUAAUGGACCAGGUGAAAUACUAAACAAAGAAGAUGUAAAAGUUGAAGGAUUACAUAUUAAUGGACCAACUAGUGGGAGUAAGAAACCACUUCACACAGAUGUGGAUACUAAUGGUUAUGAAACAGAUAACCUUACCACUGAUACAAAACUUGCCCAUAUGACUGCAAGAAAUGAAAAUGAUUUUGAGGAAAAAAAUGAGAGACCUGCUAAAAGGCGAAGGAUAAACAGCAAUGGAAAAGAAAGUCCAGGUUCUUCUGAAUUUUUCCAAGAAGCAAUCUGCCAUGGAAAAUUUGAAGAACUUGAAAACAUAGAUGACUAAAUUUUAGACCUGUUUUACUUUC